UACUCCCGACGCAUGCUGGGAGCCUGGAGGUCUUGGGAGGAGGAGUUGAGAGAACGGAGCGGCCGCCAUGGCGACAAACAUCGAGCAGAUCUUCAGGUCCUUCGUGGUCAGUAAAUUCCGGGAAAUUCAGCAAGAGCUUUCCAGUGGCAGGGUUGAAGGCCAGCUGAAUGGUGAAACAAACCCACCUGUUGAAGGAAACCAGUCAGGUGAUGCAGCUGCCUGUGCAAGGAGCCUACCAAAUGAAGAAAUAGUGCAGAAAAUAGAAGAAGUGCUAUCUGGGGUCCUAGACACAGAAUUGCGGUAUAAACCAGAUUUAAAGGAGGCCUCCAGAAAAAGUAGAUGUGUAUCUGUACAAACAGACCCUACUGAUGAAAUUCCCACUAAAAAAUCAAAGAAACAUAAAAAACACAAAAAUAAAAAGAAGAAAAAGAAGAAAGAAAAAGAGAAAGAGAAAAAAUACAAAAGACAGUCAGAAGAAUCUGAUUCAAAGCUGAAAUCUCAUCAUGGUGGGAAUGUAGGGUUAGAGUCUGAUUCCUAUUUGAAGUUUGAUUCAGAGCCCUCAGUGAUGGGGCUGGAACACCCUGUAAGAGCACUUGGGCUCCCUAAGCCCCCUGCAGUAAUGCUGAAGUCACCAACAAUGACAUUGGGACUGAAUGAAUCCCCUGCAGUUGCUCUGGAACCUCCUACAAUAGCAGUAGAGAUAUCAGAACCACAUACUUUAGUAGCACUGAAGCCAACUUCAGUUGGGGAACUAUCAGAACUACAUGCAGCAUUAGUCCCAGAACCCUUCACGUUAGAGCGACCAGAGACAUCUGUGGCUGUAACCCUGGAAUCAUCUGUGAAACAGACGUUGGAAUCUCCUGCAGUGAUGCCUGUGCCUACUACAGCAGUAGUGCAGAAGUUGUCUGAGGCAUAUGUGACAGUGCCAUCAGAAUACAAUGCAAGAUCUGUGACAAAGCAUUUGGAGAUUCCAUCUUCAGAGCAGUCAAAGACCACAUUACUCGAGCCUCCAGCAUCAAAAGUGCUUGAGUUAUCAGAAACUUCUGGGGUGACAGUAUCAGAGACACCUGCAGAGACCUAUCCUAGGCCAAGGUCAUUGAUAGCUUUGGAGUUGCCAGAGUCAUCUGUAACUGAAGUUCUGAGGUUGCCUGAGCAAUCUACAACAAUACCAUUGUUGUCUAUGGAGCCUCCUACAACUACAGUAUUGGAGUUGCCCAAACCACCUGCAAUCUCAGUGCUAGAGAUACCUGGACCCCCCACAACACCAGUGCCGGAGCUGCCAGGACCCCCUACAACACCAGUGCUGGAGUUGCCAGGGCCUCCUAUGACAUCGGUGCCGGAGCUGCUGAGAACCCCCACAACAUCAGUGCCGGAGCUUCCAGGGCCCCCCGUGACAUCUGCAUCGGAGCUGACAGGGCCCCCUGUGACAUCGCCGCCGGAGCUUCCAGGGCCCCCCGUGACAUCAGCACCGGAGCUUCCAGGGCCCCCCGUGACAGCACCGGAGCUUCCAGGGCCCCCCAUGACAUCGGUGCCGGAGCUGCCAGGGCUCCCCAUGACCUUGGUGCCAGAGGUGCCAGGCCCUCCUGUGAUGCCGGUGCCAGAGGCACCGGUUCCGGAGGUGCUGGGGUCCCCUGUGGCAUCGGUACUAGAGUUUCGGGGGCCUCCUGCAACGCCGGUACAGGUUCCGGAGUUGCCGGGGCCCCCCGUGACACUGGUGCCAGAGUUGCCAGGGCCUCCUGCAACACUGGUACAGGUGUCAGAGUUGCCGGGGCCCUCGGCAACACCUGUGCUUGAGUUGUCACAGGAUUUGCCUGGGCUUCCAGCACCAUCGAUGGUGUCGGAGUUGCCUGAGGAGGUGCCAAGGCAACCCACGAUGGCGCUGGAAUUGCCACAAGAGUUGCCAGGGCUGCCUGUGGUGACAACAGCAAUGGAGUUGCCUGGGCAGCCUGUGGCGACUGUGGCUUUGGAAUUGGCAGAACAACCUGUGAUGACAACAGAGCCGGAGCAGCCUACGGUGAUGCCAGCGCUGGAGUUGCCGGGGCAACCUGAGGUGACGACAGCAGCAGGGUUGCCUGGGCAGCCUGUGGCUACAAUAGCACCAGAGUUGCCCGGGCAGCCUGAGGUGCCAGAGUUGCGGGGGCUGCCUUCGGUGACUGGGGUGUCUGAGUUGCCAGGGCAGCCCUCAGCAACUGUGGCACAGGAGUUGCCGGGGCAGUCAGGGGCACUAGGGCAGCCUGUGGCAACUGUGGCGCUAGAGUUGCUGGGGCAGCCUGUAGCAUCAGAGCUGUCGGGGCAACCCACAGGAGCUGCAGCGCUAGAGUUGCCAGGGCAGCCUGUGGCAACUGUGGCGCUAGAGAUGUCGAGUCAUUCUGUGAUGACAUCAUCGGAUCUGUCAACGAUGACCGUUUCACAAUCCAUGGAGGUGCCUUCAACGACAGCGCUGGAAUCAUACAGUACAGUAGCACAGGAGCUACCUACUACAUUAGUGGGGGAUACAUCUGUAACAGUAUCAGUGGAUCCCCUGAUGACCCCCGAGUCCCAUAUGUUAGCUUCCAAUACCAUGGACUCCCAGAUGUUAGCUUCCAAUACCAUGGACUCCCAGAUGUUAGCUUCCAAUACCAUGGACUCCCAGAUGCUAGCUUCCAAUACCAUGGACUCCCAGAUGCUAGCUUCUAAUACCAUGGACUCCCAGAUGUUAGCUUCCAACAGCAUGGACUCCCAGAUGUUAGCUUCCAACAGCAUGGACUCCCAGAUGUUAGCUUCCAACAGCAUGGACUCCCAGAUGUUAGCGACUAGCACCAUGGACUCCCAGAUGUUAGCGACUAGCACUAUGGACUCCCAGAUGUUAGCCUCCAGCACCAUGGACUCCCAGAUGUUAGCGACUAGUACCAUGGACUCCCAGAUGUUAGCCUCCAGCACCAUGGACGCCCAGAUGUUAGCCUCCAGUACUCCAGAGUCCUCUAUGUUAGGUCCCAAGUCACCUGAUCCCUACAGGUUAGCCCAAGAUCCAUACAGGUUAGCCCAGGAUCCCUACAGGUUAGGUCAUGACCCUUACAGAUUAGGUCAUGACCCGUAUAGAUUAGGACAGGACCCCUAUAGGUUAGGUCAUGAUCCCUAUAGGCUAGCUCCUGACCCCUAUAGAAUGUCACCCAGACCAUAUAGGAUAGCACCAAGGCCAUAUAGAAUAGCUCCCAGGCCUUAUAGAUUAGCACCCAGACCCCUAAUGUUAGCAUCUAGGCGCUCUAUGAUGAUGUCAUAUGCUGCUGAACGCUCUAUGAUGUCAUCCUAUGCUGCUGAACGCUCUAUGAUGUCCUAUGAACGUUCUAUGAUGUCACCAAUGGCUGAGCGCUCUAUGAUGUCAGCCUAUGAGCGCUCUAUGAUGUCAGCCUAUGAGCGCUCUAUGAUGUCUCCCAUGGCUGAGCGCUCUAUGAUGUCAGCCUAUGAGCGUUCUAUGAUGGCUUAUGAGCGUUCCAUGAUGUCUCCAAUGGCUGAGAGGUCAAUGAUGUCCAUGGGUGCUGACCGUUCUAUGAUGUCAUCCUAUUCUGACCGUUCCAUGAUGUCAUCCUAUUCUGACCGUUCCAUGAUGUCAUCUUAUACUGCUGACCGCUCAAUGAUGUCUAUGACUGCUGAUUCUUAUGCUGAUUCCUAUACGGAUUCAUAUACUGAGGCAUAUAUGGUACCCCCCUUGCCACCUGAGGAGCCUCCUACCAUGCCACCUUUGCCACCUGAGGAGCCCCCUAUGACACCACCAUUACCUCCUGAGGAGCCCCCUGAGGGACCAUCAUUACCUGUUGAGCAGUCAGCGCUACCUGUUGAAAAUACAUGGGCUACUGCUGGGACAGCAUUACUUUCUGAAGAACCAGCAUUGCCCCCUGAGCCUCCUGUGAUGCAGACAGAGAUUCCAGAGUCUACAAUGUCUGAUUAUUCCGUAGGAGCAGCAGAGCCCUCCGUAUUAACAUCAGAGCCUGCUAUAACUAUUUCAGAGCCACCACCAGAGCCAGAAUCCUCUAUGACAUCAACAUCUUUAGAGUCUCAUAUGACACAAGAACAUGCUAUUAUAGGGCCUCAGGCAGCUGUCCUACCUUCUGGUGCAGUGUCAGAAACUGCUAUACCAACUGCAGAAUCCACUGAGUCUCCUAUUGUGACAGAAUCAGUGGAAACUUUUGAGCCCGUUUUAGCAUCUGGGCCUAUCUCAGAACAGAUGAUAUUUCUGUCAGAGGUGGCAGUCCCAGAACCAUCAGAUAUGGCGGUCUCAGAGAUGGCUGUCCCAGAACCAGCAGAAGUGGCAGUCCCAGAGCCAGCAGAGGCAAUGAUUCCAGAGCCAGCAGAGGUGGCAGUCCCAGGGUUGGCUGAGGUGGUGGUCCAGGGGCCGGCUGAGGUGGUGGUCCAGGGGCCGGCUGAGGUGGCGGUCCAGGGGCCGGCUGAGGUGGCGGUCCAGGGGUCAACUGAGGUGGCGUUCCAAGGGCCAGAAGAGGUGACUUACCAGGGACUGACUGAGGUGGCUUUCCAGGGGUCAACAGAGAUGGCAGACCAGGGGUCGACAGAAGUGGCAGACCAGGGACUGACAGAGGUGACAGUCCAGGGACCAGCAGAAGUAAUGUUCCAGGAACCAACCACAGUGGUGGUUCAGGAGUCGGCUAUGGUAGUCCCAGAGCUGACUGCAGCACUCUCAGAGCCAGCCAUGGCGGAGGUGGCCAUACCAGAACCAACAGUUCUAGAGCCAUCUGCAACAGUACCUGAAGGUACUUUAGUAGUUCCUGAGCCGAUCCCAGUGAUGAUGGAGUCCACAGUCAUGACUUUAGAACCUGUUAUUAAAAGAACAGAUAUAGCCUCUUCUGCUGAGCCUAAUCUUUCUCAACAGUUAGCCAUACAGGAAAUGUCCAUUCAGUCAAGUGAAGAAUCAAAUAAUGAAAAGAGGCAACUGGAGAGUCAUUCUUAUGAAAGCAUACACCAUGUAAAUAUAGUUUUGGAUGUAAAUAGUCCUUUAAUUACAAAAGAGACAGAACAUAACACUGUUUCUGCCACCAGCCCUGUUGUUAGUGAAAUUGGUAUGGAGAAAUUUUUGCCUGGCAAUGAGACUGAUUUUAACACAGUGUUGACCACCUGCUCUAGUGAAGCUAAUAUAGUUGAAACCGUUUCUACCACUAGUUCCCAUAUUCAUGAACUUGAUGUAAAGGGAACUACUAAGGAGAUUGAACUUUAUGCAGCUUCUGUUACCAGCUCAGUAAUUAAGGCUGAUAUUGAGGGACCGUUACCCACUCAAGAGAUUGAACAUGACAUGGUAAUUUCAACUAGUCCUAGUGGUGGUAGUGAAGCUGAUAUUGAGGGACCUUUGCCUGCUAAUGACAUUCACCAUGAUAUAUUGUCUGCUAAUAAUCUACUUAGUAAGAAUGAUCCAGAAGCAUCAUUACCUGUAAAAGAUAGUGAACAUGAUGUGGUAAUUGCUAUCAGCCAUAAAGAUGGUAGUAGUGAAGCAGAAAAAGAGACACCACUCCUAGUUAAAAAUACUGAACACGAGUCUGUACCUGCUGCCAACAUUUGUGAUCUUAAUGAUGCAGAUCUGGUGAGACCUUUACUUCCUAAGGAUAUGGAACGUGUCACAAACUUUAGGACUGAUGUAGAGGGACCUUUGUCUGCAAGUGGAGUUGAACGGGACAUAGUAACUACUGCCAGCCCUGUUGUUGUUAGCAUACCUGAAAGAGCUUCAGAGUCUUCAUCAGAAGAAAAGGAUGAUUACGAAAUCUUUGUGAAAGUUAAGGACACACAUGACAAAAGCAAAAAAACUAAAAGCCGUGAUAAAGGUGAUAAAGAGAGGAAAAGAGAUUCUUCGUUAAGAUCUAGGAGUAAGCGCUCUAAAUCUUCAGAACACAAAUCACGUAGACGCACAAGUGAAUCCCGUUCAAGAGCAAGAAAAAGAUCAUCAAAGUCUAAAUCUCAUCGAUCCCAAACACGGUCACGGUCACGGUCACGACGCAGGAGGAGAAGCAGCAGAUCAAGAUCAAAGUCAAGAGGAAGGCGGUCUUUAUCAAAAGAGAAACGUAAAAGGUCUCCGAAACACAGGUCCAAGUCUAGGGAAAGGAAAAGGAAAAGAUCUAGCUCUAGAGAUAAUCGCAAAGUAGCCAGAGCUCGAAGUCGUACACCUAGUCGUCGCAGUAGAAGUCAUACUCCUAGUCGAAGAAGAAGGUCUAGGUCUGUGGUCAGAAGAAGGAGCUUUAGCAUUUCUCCUGUUCGCCGGAGCCGUACCCCUAGCCGCCGGAGCCGUACCCCCAGCCGCCGGAGCCGUACCCCUAGCCGCCGGAGCCGUACCCCAAGCCGCCGAAGAAGAUCUAGAUCAGUGGUAAGACGAAGAAGCUUUAGUAUAUCACCAGUUCGACUAAGACGGUCACGAACACCCUUGAGGAGGCGUUUUAGUAGAUCUCCUAUUCGCCGAAAACGAUCCAGGUCUUCUGAAAGAGGCAGGUCACCACCUAAACGUCUAACAGACUUGGAUAAGGCUCAACUACUUGAAAUAGCCAAAGCUAAUGCAGCUGCCAUGUGUGCUAAGGCUGGUGUUCCUUUACCGCCAAACCUAAAACCUGCACCUCCACCAACAGUAGAAGAGAAAGUUGCUAAAAAGUCAGGAGGAGCCACAAUAGAAGAGCUCACUGAGAAAUGCAAACAGAUUGCACAAAGUAAAGAAGAUGAUGAUGUUAUAGUGAACAAGCCCCAUGUUUCGGAUGAAGAGGAGGAAGAACGUCCUUUCUAUCAUCAUCCCUUUAAACUCAAUGAACCUAAACCCAUUUUUUUCAACUUAAAUAUUGCCGCUGCAAAACCAACUCCACCAAAAAAUCAGGUAACAUUGACAAAAGAAUUUCCUGUAUCAUCUGGCUCUCAACACAGAAAAAAGGAAGCAGAUAGUGUUUAUGGAGAAUGGGUUCCUGUAGAGAAAAAUGGUGAAGAAAACAAAGAUGAUGAUAAUGUCUUCAGCAGCAAUUUGCCUACUGAGCCUGUGGACAUCUCUACAGCAAUGAGUGAGCGCGCACUAGCUCAGAAGAGACUUAGUGAAAAUGCAUUUGACCUUGAGGCCAUGAGCAUGUUAAAUCGAGCACAAGAGCGGAUUGAUGCCUGGGCUCAACUGAACUCAAUACCAGGCCAGUUCACAGGAAGUACAGGAGUACAAGUUCUAACACAAGAACAGUUGGCAAAUACUGGUGCUCAAGCUUGGAUUAAAAAGGAUCAGUUCUUAAGAGCAGCCCCUGUAACAGGCGGAAUGGGAGCCGUUCUGAUGAGAAAAAUGGGCUGGCGAGAAGGAGAGGGAUUAGGAAAAAACAAAGAAGGAAAUAAAGAGCCUAUUCUAGUUGACUUUAAGACAGACCGAAAAGGUCUUGUUGCAGUGGGGGAGAGAGCACAAAAAAGAUCUGGAAACUUCUCUGCCGCGAUGAAGGAUCUUUCAGGUGAGAGUAAACAUCCUGUAUCUGCAUUGAUGGAGAUCUGUAAUAAAAGAAGGUGGCAACCACCUGAAUUUCUCUUGGUUCAUGAUAGUGGCCCUGAUCAUCGCAAACACUUUCUCUUUAGGGUAUUGAUAAAUGGAAGCGCUUACCAGCCCAGCUUUGCCAGCCCUAAUAAGAAGCAUGCUAAAGCCACAGCAGCUACUGUGGUUCUUCAAGCAAUGGGCCUUGUACCAAAGGACCUCAUGGCUAAUGCCACUUGCUUCAGGAGUGCCUCACGUAGAUAGAGAUUGAGGUUUUAUAUUAAUCAUUUCAGAUAAUUUUACUCUGCAUCAGAAAUGUAUUUCUUCUUUAAUGUUGUAAAUAAUUUGGCAACUUAGACAUUGUGUAAAAAGCAAUCUGUACAAACAUCUCCAAGUUUUGGUUUUAUACCAUGAAAAUUGUAUUUAACCAUACAGGGUUUUGGUAUGUUUAUAUUGUUUACCUUAGUGAUGUAUUUGUUUAAGUGGCUAACAUCAAAACAAUUGUUUGAAGGCAUCAGUAAUCCUAAGUGUGGAAUGUUAAAUAACGCUUUUAUACUGUAUUUUGUACUAUGAUGUAAUUCUUUCCCCUUAUGGCUAGGCUGCUGUAACACUUGCCUAUAAUCAGUGAAGGGCUGUGCACCUUAGACUAUUUCAUGAAGGUUCUGCUGGACAGAUAUUGGGCCAGUGUUAUUGGAUAAUCGGAGUUCUGUUCCACAGGGCUAAUGCUACCAUCUUAACCUUUAAAUUUUAUUGGGGUUUAACAAAUAUGGUAUGCUGUGUUACAGUCAGCUUUAUGUCCUAUGUUCUAAAAUAAAGGAUCUAAGCCAGACUGAUGCCAUAAGAAGGAAGAAGUCCAAAAUGAAGACCCACUAGAAUUCCAAUGCAGACGCCAAGAAAAUUUAAUGGCAUUGAGUUGUGAUGUAGUUUUACUUUAAUGUGCAUUUUGAAUUUCAGCUACAAUUAGAUAGACUCAAGAUGAUAAUGCAAAUGCUGUAACCAACUUAUCUAAUAAAAUCAGCACCAGGCCACUAUUUUGUUGACUGCAAAAAUAAGUUCAUGUUAUUUUAGGGUCUAAUAGAAUAUUUCAUUUCAUAUGUGCAUUAUAGUGGUACUCAUAUGCUGUCUUUAAACUUUAUUUUACAAAAUGCUUAAGGCCCAAAUACAAACUUCUGGAAUAAA